GUGACGGUCGCCAUGUUGCUGAGUGGGAUUAGCUCCAAAAGGUCGUAGCAAUACUCAAAUAUUAUUAUUAUUUUUUUUGUAUAUAUCGUAAUUAUUAUUACAGCGAACGUGUCUUUGGAACCAUGACUUAAGAUUUAUACACCGCUUCAGAGUACCUGUUUCGUGUUAUUAUAUUUAGGCAUAGUAUUCGUGUCACGCAAUGCACCAUGGAAGUGGAUCGCAGAAUAUGCAACGACAGCUCCAGAGAUCCAAGUCUGUCAGCGGGUCUGAAGGCGACGAGCAGCAGCAGCCCAGUAUGGUAGCUACACAGCAACAAGCUGCAGCUACACACCCUCAAUCUCCUGUGGCUACAUUUUCCUCUGCUGCCAGUCCGUCAGCACCACAGUCUCCCAAUUAUCAGAUCAUCAUGAGCCGGAGCCCAGUCACUGGCCAGAACAUGAACAUCACCUUACAAAAUGUGGGACAGAUGAUGACAGGUAACCAGCAGAUCACUUUAACACCGCUGCCCCUGCAGAACCCUGCUUCUCCUGGCUUCCAGCACACUGCGCCUCAGUGGAGGUUUGAGCAUGCUCCAUCAUCCUACAUCCAAGUCACCUCACCUGUGCCACAGCCCAUGCAGCCCCAGAGUCCCACCCAGCACAGUCCAGUCCCACUGCAAGGUGUGACAAGGCCUGGAGCUCCUGGAACUGCCCUGAGCGUGUGCGGACAGAGUCCAACACGGUUUGUUGAUGCUGGUAUGUUGGUGCGACAGAUGAGUUUAGGUAGUCCAUCAGGAAGUGGCCACUUUGUUUAUCAAGAAGGAACGGGGCUGGCACAGCUUGCCCCUGCCACAUCUGGCCAGGUGCAGCUGGCUUCUUCAAGUGCUCCAGGCAUGGCAAGGGAGCGGCGGCUCUCCCAGCCCCACUCACAGACUGGGGGUACCAUCCACCACCUUGGACCUCAAAGCCCAGUGGCCACUGGCGCUGCUCUUCCCACUCUGGGCAGCCCUGGCCACAUAACCACCUCCAACCUACCUCCACAAAUAAGCAGCAUCAUUCAAGGACAGCUGGCACGCCCUAUGAUUUUUGAGAAGACACCACAGGGUGUGGUCACUGGGGUAGGAACAACUGCCACAGCAUCAUUCAGUAUACCUACCACCAUUCCACCUUCUAGCCCAUCCCUCACUAGUGCGCCCCAAAUCAUCCCCAACAACCCUCUUGUAGCCACUACCAUGACAGUAGGAACAAUGAAGAAACAGACUCCUAAGAAGCUGGAGGAAAUCGCUCCUUCGACUCCAGAGAUAGCCCAGCUGAGGAAACAGUGCUUGGAGCACCACACCAAGAAGAUGGAGAACCUCAAGGAGAUGUUCAAAGAAUAUCUGGUUGAGCUCUUCUUUCUUCAGCACCUCCAGGGGAACAUGAUGGACUACCUUGCUUUUAAGAAGAAGCCCUGUGUCCCCUUGUACACUUACUUGAGACAGAAUGACUUGGACAUUGAAGAUGAAGACGAAGAUGAGGAACAGUCUGAGGUCAUUAACGACGAGGUAAAAGUUGUCACGGGAAAGGACGGCCAGGCAGUUACACCAGUUGCUAUAGCAACACAGCUUCCACCCAAUGUUUCUGCAGCCUUCAGUGCUCAGCAGCAGUUUCAGGGUCACCAAGGGGGUGCAGCUGCCGCCACCACCAUUUCAAACCCUGGAGACAUGGAUGCCUUUAAGAGGCAACAAGCUCUGGUGCAAGCAGAUCAGGCUAAGAGGUCCCGGAUUGACGUUGGUCGCCAUGGGCUGAUUUUCCAGCAUCCUGGUGUAGCUCCUUUAGGAUCUCCUGGCGUUCCGCUCCAGCAGCUUAUGCCAACUGCGCAAGGCGGGAUGCCGCCAACUCCCCAAACAGUGCAGAUAGCAGGACAGAAGCAGAACCAGCAGCAGUAUGACCCGUCCAAAGGCCCUCCAGUGCAGAAUGCUGCCAGCCUGCACACCCCUCCGCCCCAGCUGCCGGGCAGAUUGCCUCAGGGCCCCCUCCCCAUGGGGGGCUUGCCCAUCACGCUCUCUCAGCAGGCUCAGCUGGUGGAGAGCACGGUCCAGCCCGGUGCUCAGCUCCAGCCCCAGAUGAAGGUGCAAGCUGGUGGCCCUAUCCUGGCCCCAGUGAACCCCCACACACAGCUGCAAGCCCAGCUCCAGCAGCAGAUGCAGACGGGACUUCAUAUCCAGUUACAGCCCCAGCAGCAGCAGUCCCAGGCUGUGCUCCAGCCAGCACAAGUGACGGUGGCUCUUGCUCGCCCUGGUACAGAGUCAAACCAGCCGGUUCACAGGAUGAUGGCUGGUGCCCUCACGGUCACACCCAUGUCUUCUGCUCCUGUCUCUGCACCCAGUGCUGUUCCACCGAAUCAUACUAUGAGCCCGCUCCGCCCUAUUUGUUCCGGUGCCAGUCCAAGCACUCAGUCCAAACUGACCGGAGCCAAUGGCGUCUCUGCAGUCAGAAUUGGUGUCCAGUGUGGUCAAAAUGCGGCAAUGCAGUCCACACAAGAGGCUUUGCAGGAUAAACAAGUCGAGCAGGCUAAACUGGAGAGUCAAGUGCAUCAGUGCAUCUCUGAGCUGAGGAAAGAGGGUCAGUGGUCUGCCAGCAGGCUCCCUAAACUCAUGGAAGCCUCGCGUCCAAAGUCUCACUGGGACUACCUCUUGGAGGAGAUGCAGUGGAUGGCGGCUGACUUUGCCCAGGAGAGGAGAUGGAAAGCCGCUGCUGCCAAGAAGCUUGUUCGCACCUGCGCUCGUUACCACCAAGAGCAGAGGCAAAAUGAAGAGAGGAUAAAGAAGGAAAGAGAAGUUCAUGUCCGUCACAUCGCCAGCAUCAUCGCUCGAGAGGUGGAGUUCUUCUGGAUGAACAUGGAGCAGGUUGUGGAAAUUAAACUCCAGUUUGAAAUGUAUGAAAAGAGGCUCAAAGCCCUCAGUUUGCAGAAGGCCUCAGCUAAAGGACCCGGUCUGCCAGCGGGGGAGGGCGCUGAUACAGGGAUGACCUCUGCCACUAAAAAAAGGAAGCCAAGUUCCUCAGCUGAUCAAGACAUCGCAGAUGAAGAGAGCACCAUAGAGGAGCAGGAGGCCGUGGAGGGGGAAGCGGACCACAAGGCAGAAUUGGUUGACCUCGCUAAAGAUGCGGAGAUGCCUCUGGAAGCUUUGAUGAAGCAGUAUGCUGGCGCCUACGUCGAGGGCUUUGAGUGGCCUGGCCCCAGUCUUCACGGUGAAGAUGAAGAAACGGAAGAGACUGAAGAAAUGGAGUGUCACGAGGUCAGCCCGCCUGAAGCUGUUGUGAUUGACUCGCUGCUCAGUGUGGAUCAGUACCGCGGAGCUGAUAAGGCCAUCAUCACUGACGCUGCUGGGAGGCCAGCCAGAGACAUCGCUGAUGUGGCUGCUGCCACAGAGCUUCUCCUGCCUAAGGGCAGCUUCAGGACCGUCUCCUCGACUCGUUGCUCCGCGCCACUCCUACUGCAUGGUUCACUUCGGGAGUAUCAGCAAAUUGGUGUGGACUGGAUGGUGAACCUUCACAAGAAACGCCUCAACGGCAUCCUCGCUGAUGAGACGGGCCUGGGAAAGACCGUCCAGACGGUUGCUUACAUGGCCCACUUAGCUGGCCAGGAAGGUGUCUGGGGGCCUCAUCUUGUUGUAGUCAGAACAUGCAAGAUGCUGAGUUGGGAGAUGGAGUUUAAACGCUGGUGUCCCGGCCUCAAGAUCCUCCUGUACCUGGGCGGCAGACGAGAGCGCAGAUACAAAAGAAUGUUAUGGGGGGAAGCCAACAGCUUCCAUGUUUGUGUGACAUCUUACAAGCUGCUGAUGAAGGACCAGAGACACUUUCUGAAGAGAAGGUGGAGGCUCCUUGUGCUGGACGAGGUGCAGCUCAUUAAAAAGAUGACGCAGACUCACUGGGAAAUGAUAUUUGCUCUCAGAAGUGAACAACGGAUCCUCCUCAUCAACACUCCUUUACAGAAUACUCUGAAGGAGUUGUGGACUAUGAUACACUUCCUUUUGCCAGGAAUCACCAGGCCCUAUGCAGACUUCCCUGUGAAGGCAGGCACAGACCAGAACCAGGAUUACUGCCACAAACUGGUCAUCCGCCUACAUAGGAAGAUCCAGCCGUUCAUCCUGAGGCGUUCCAAAAAGGAUGUGGAGAAACAGCUGCCCAAGAUGUACGAGCACAUCCUCAGGUGCCGCCUGUCCAGCAGGCAGAGAAACCUGUACGAGGACAUCCUCUCUCUGCCAGGAGCCCAGGAGGCGCUGAAGACGGGUCAUUUUGUUAGUGUGCUUCAGGUCUUGAUGCAGUUACAGAGGGUGUGUAACCAUCCUGAUCUUGUGGCACCCAGAGAGACAAGUGUCUCCUACUUCUGCUCUGCUUUGAAGUACAGUGUCCCCUCUCUCGUGCUGGGAGCUCUGCACAAUGAACCAAGCAAGAUGGGCAAGAUGUCGAUGUUUGACCUGAUUAAUAAUGAAAACAGACUGACUCGAUAUGAGACUGAGGAGGCGGUUCCAAAACUAAAGGUUACACAACGACUUAUUCAGGAGAUCUACAGCGGUGCCAGUCCACCACCUCGACCCAAGCCAUGCCACAUAAAACCAAUGAGAUUGUUCCAGCCAGUGCAGUAUGGUGCAAACCCAGAAGGUCGCCUAGCUGCCAUCACCAGUGCCACAAACCAACGUCUUCCAACCAGCACACUCUCUACUGGUACAUCUACUUCUACCACCGGUCAGUCAGCCCAGCCCAGAGGCAAGUCCCCCGUCAGCAUUGCAGCUACUCCAGCCAUGUCUCAUGGUGGCGAUGUGGUGAAGAUCGCGCAGCUGGCUAGCAUAGCGAGCAAUCAGAACCGUAUCUCCCAGCCAGAGACUCCCGUCACACUGCAGUUUCAGGGCAACAAGUUCACUCUGUCCCCCAGCCAGCUCCGGCAGCUCACCACAGGGCAGCCUCUGCAGCUCCAAGGCAACAUUUUGCAGAUUGUGUCUGCUCCAGGGCAGCAGAUCCUCAGGCCACAGGGCUCCAUGAUAAUGCCAACAGUGCCACAGGUCAUCCCAGCCUCCAACGCCUCACCUGGGGCUCCUCAUCCUGCUGUGCCACCAGCACAAGUCUUCGGUGCGACUACAAACGCAGCACAGACGAAGGCCAGCGCUGCGACUCACGCCGUGCCACAGGAGUCUUCAGAGGAGAAAAGUCAGCGUGUGGAGCGUUUGAGCCGCCUGUUUGGAGCCAACGAAUGGCGCUGUAACCGCAGAGUGCUGUACGGGGCAGACCUGCUGCAGGCCUGCUCUGUGACCUAUGAACCCUCCCACUCUGCGCUGACCGCUGGAGGCUGGAGCUGGGUGGGCAGGGAGAGCUGCCUCAGGGCGCAGACCACCUGUGUGGCGACCACCUCGGCACUACGGUCCGCUCUGUUCUCUGAGGACAGACUGGACGCUUCCUGCAGGCUGAUCCAAAGGCUGCUGUGUGUGACGCCUGCUGCUGUGACGUCUCCUCCUCACCUGUACGUGGCCAACCCUCCACCUUCCUACAGCCUGGACCAGAAGAACUUCCGCCACCGCUUCCAGGUGGCCACCGCCGCUCACAGCGCCGAACCCUGCCGUUUAGCAUCACCGCGUCUCUUCCACUUUCCCGACAUGCAGCUGCUGCAGAUGGACUCUGGUAAACUGGAGGCUGUUGCCAUUCUGCUGCAGAAGCUUCGGUCAGAGCGCCGCCGUGUCCUGAUCUUCACCCAGAUGUUGAAGAUGCUGGACAUCCUGGAGGCCUUUUUGGAUUACAGGCAGCUCACGUACGUGCGGGUGGAUGAAAGUAUCACUCCUGAAGAACGGCAGGAGAACAUGAAGAGGUUCAACAGGAACCAUCACGUGUUUUGUGCCAUUCUGACAAACCGCUGCAGCUCUGCAGUUGGGACCGUUUUUGAUGCUGACACCAUCGUCUUCUACGACACCGACCUCAACCCCAGUGUUGAUGCCCGCACCCAGGAGUGGUGUGAGAAAGUCGGACGCUCCAAGGACAUCCAUGUGUACAGGUUGGGGAGUGGGAAUUCUGUUGAAGAGAAGUUGCUGAAGAAUGGUACCAAGGAUCUGAUCCGAGAGGUGGCUGCUCAGGGUACUGACUAUACCCUGGCUUUCCUUACACAACGGACAAUCCAUGAUCUGUUUGAGGUGGAAGGAGGUUCGGGGGAGAAGGUGGAGGAGUUUGUUGUGCUUCACCAGGAGCCAUCGGCCUCUGAGGCUAUCUCUCCCCGAGUAGCUAGACCCUACAUCCAGGCUCUCCGCAGCAUCAACUUGGACUCCCUGCCAGCAGAGGUCACGGAGGACGAGGAGAACCAGCAGCUGAAGGAGGAGGCAUUACUUCAAAAGGAGGCCUCAGAAGAAGAACAAGAGGCACAGAUGCAGGCCAAAGAGGAGUCUUCUCAGAUCGAGGAGCUUAAUGCCUUAAUGGAUCAGCUAACACCAAUUGAGAGGUAUGCCCUACAUUACCUGGAGUAUCUUCAUGUCAGCGACGACGAAGGUGCUGUCAAGGAUCGUUUAGAAGGUCUGAAGAGAGGCUGGGAGCUGCAGCAGCUGAAGGCUGAGGAGGAGACGCGACACAUGAGGGAGGGAGAUGAAGAUCUCUUCACCUACACCAGAGAGGAUGCCUACAACAUGGAGUACGUGUUUGAUGCAGAGGAUGGCCACACAGAAAUAAUGCCGCUUUGGACUCCGCCCACGCCGCCGCAGGAUGAUAACGACAUUUACAUAGAUUCUGUGAUGUGUUUGAUGUACGACACCACACCAAUUCCAGAGUCCAAACUGCCUCCAAUCUACAUCCGGAAGGAGCACAAGCGGCUCAAGAUGGACCCCUCAGCUGCAGCCAGGAAGAAGAAGAAGGGUCACGGGGAGGCAGUCAUUCCUCCACGCUCCCUCUUUGAGAAGGCCAGCAUGCUGAAGGUUCGCCGCGAGGGUAAGGACCAGAAGAAGAACUUCUCCCUCAAGCAGCAGGCUCCCUUUGCCAAGCCCCUGCCUUCACUGGUUAAACCUGCCAUGGAGACGGGUCAGGACAAUCCAGAGUGGCUGAUCAGUGAGGACUGGGCUCUGCUUCAGGCUGUAAAACAGCUGCUGGAGCUGCCACUCAACCUGACCAUUGUGUCUCCUGCACACACGCCCAACUGGGACCUGGUGAGCGACGUGGUCAACUCCUGCAGCCGCAUCUAUCGCUCGCCAAAGCAGUGCCGCAGCCGCUACGAGAAUGUCAUCAUUCCCAGAGAGGAGGGCAAGCUCGUGUACGACGCCAACCCCAAGAAGAAAACCAAGAGCAUUUACAAGUCCAAGAACAGCCGCCCUCUGAGGACCUGUCAGAUCUACACGCAGGACGACAACGCCACUCACAUCCAGCUCUACAACAGCCGCUUCGAACUCAUGAAGAUCAUCGCCAGCAAGAGGAGCCCACCCAUCAAACCGCUCUUGGGCUUGAACCCAUUCCAAAAGAAUCCCAAACACGCCUCGGUCCUGGCAGAAAGUGGGAUUAGCUACGACAAGCCUCUGCCUCCCAUUCAGGUGGCGUCUCAGCGUGCCGAAAGGAUUGCCAAGGAGAAAAAGGCACUUGCUGAGCAGCAGAAGGCUCAGCAGCUGGCCCAACAGCAGCAGCAGGCUGGAGCCCCCCAGCCCCAGGCCACACCCGGCCAGACCCCGACCUCUGCUGCCGGCCAGGCUCAGGCAGCGGGUGUCUCUGCUGCAGUGGGCGGAGCCACUGCGGUACCCAAUACGGCUGUGCUGGCUGGAGCCAUUAAAAAUGCCACCGUGGGCACGUCCAUGCAGGCUGCCUCUGUGGGGGGGAAUGUGAUUGUCAACACGGUAGCUGGAGUUCCUCAGAGUCCCUUCCAGGCCAACAAACGCCUGGCUGCUCCAGUCAUACCGGGAACUCUGUCGCCUGCUGGGGCGACGGGAGCCCAGGUGGUCCACGCACAGCAGAGGGCCGUCCCAGCUGCUGCAGCCUCCACCGAAGUGGUCGCAAUAGCUACAGGCCAGGGGGUGCGGGCCGUUACCCCGGUGACAGCAUCAGCAGUGGUUUCCACCACCCUGAGCCCGGUGCAGUCGCAGACUCGCUCACUGGUCACGCCAGCCGCAGGUAUGCAGUUAUCCCAAGGAAAGCCUCUCACCCAGGCCCACCUUCAGAUGUUCCGGCAGCAACAGCUGCAACAGCAGCAACAGCUGCAGCAGCAACAGCAGCAGCAACAACAACAGCAGGCCUCGUCCCCACAGGUCAAAGCUGUGGGAAAACCACAGGAGUUGUUGAAGAUGCACAAGCAGAAGUUGCAGCUGGCCCAGCAGCAGCAGCAGCAGGUAGCUGCAGCAGCUACUCAAGGCCAGCAGGCAGCCGCAGCCCAGCAGGCCGCUCAGGUGCAGCCGGCGCAGGCUGCACAAACUAACCCUCAGCUGACAGCUGUGGCAGCACCACGACCUGGAGCCGUGCUGACCGGUACCACUGUGGCCAACCUGCAGGUUGCACGACUGACGCGAGUCCCCACUCAGGGUCAGAUCCAGGCCCAGGCAGCGCAGACAGCACAGGUGACCCUCACCAAGCCUCCAGUCGUCUCUGUGCCAGCUGUGGUCUCCUCUGCCGGGGUCACCACGCUGCCCGUCACUGUGGCUGGCAUUAGUGUGGCUAUUGGCCAGGCUCAGAAAACAGGUGGGCCUGUACUGACGCCGCCCUUCCAGCAGAUGCAGGUCCAACAGGUGCAGCAGCUCCUUCAAAUGAAGAAGCAGCAGGCAGCGGUCCAAGCAGCAGCUGUCGCUCAGCAGAAAGCAGGACAGCCGCAGCAGGGCCAGGCCGCAGUGCAGCAGAAGAUCAGUACUCAGCAGGUUACUGUCCAGGCAGCUCAGCCGGCGCAGCAGCAGAAAGUGACCUAUGCUGCCACCACCCAGCUCCAACCAGGGAUCAAGACCCAGUUCUUCACUACGUCCAUCGCCCAGGCUCAGAAACCUCCAGGAGCACAACAAAUCCAGGUGGCUAAGAUCCCUCAGAUGGUGCAGCAGCAGCCUUCUGUGGCCAGUAUUCAGCAGAUCGUCUCCUCUCCUCAGCAGAUCCAGGCCCAGCCUCAGACUGUGGCUCUGACCCAGGCAGUCUCCUCGGCUCCUGCUCAGGUUCAGAUGAUUCCAGCUGGGACGGCGACGGCUCAGGUGGUCCAGCAGAAGAUCAUCCAGCAGCAGGUGGUGACUGCAGCCACCUCACCGCAGAUCCAGACCCCUCCCCCCCACAGCCCCGCCCAGCAGCCAGCAGCACCAUCUACUGCUGAAUCCCCGGUGCAGCAAUCUGCUCAGCCCCAGCAGCCCAACAAAGGCCAGGCUCGCCAGGGUGGCAUGAGGGCCAAAGCUCCAGCCAAGCCCAGCGGGGGGAGCAGCUGAAGUCCACACAUGUUCUGCACUCAGCCAAACUGUUUGCCUGGAUACCACAGUUUGUGCAAAACCGUACCCCAGUGUUCUAACGUCAUCUAAAAACUAGCCGCAGAUUUUUAUUGUUCACAUGCUUUGCUCGAUCGUGGCUCUUCUGCCUGCAAACUGAAUCAACGCUGUUUUAAGUCUUUAUUUAUAUAUUGUUCUGUGAAAAGUUACACACAUUUCACAUUACAUGACCCGCCACGCCUUCACCAUGAUGACAUCACUCCAUGGAUAGCAGUACUGGGGGCUUGUGGAUAAUUCUGAUUGGGAGACGUCAUCCUUUAGAGUAAGUGUUUGUUCAGUCGUGCGUUUUUGUCUCGUCUUCACAUAACGAACGGUGAAUGUGUUGCUUUUUUUAUUAUUACAACAAAUACACUGUAAACAUGUACGUUUGUGUUUUGUUUGUUCAAAUUCUUUUUUAUUGAUGUCAAAGUAAAAGUGUAAAUAUUGAAAAAUCUUUGUAUUUGUAAAGGUGUUGUUUUCAUCCUUUUUCAGCCUAAUUGUAAUAAAGUGUUUUCUUUUUUAUACA